UUUGUUCUCUAUUUCAGUCAGAACAACUUUGUGGCAAUUGUGGAUCUGCCUGAAGGAGAGCAUCAGUAUAAGUUCUAUGUGGACGGCACGUGGACCCAUGACCCAGCUGAGCCUGUUGUAACCAACCAGCUAGGCACAGUCAACAAUGUCAUCCAAGUGAAGAAGACUGACUUUGAGGUGUUUGAUGCACUUAUGGUGGACUCACAGAAAUGCUCUGAUAUGUCAGACCUGUCUAGCUCUCCUCCCGGACCGUACCAUCAGGACCCUUACAUACCCAAGCAGGAAGAAAAGUUCAAGUCUCCGCCCAUUCUCCCACCUCACUUGCUACAGGUCAUCCUAAACAAGGACACAGGCAUCUCUUGUGACCCUGCAUUGCUCCCAGAACCCAAUCAUGUCAUGCUCAAUCACCUCUACGCCUUGUCCAUCAAGGAUGGUGUGAUGGUGCUUAGUGCGACUCAUCGCUACAAGAAGAAGUAUGUCACCACCCUGCUGUAUAAGCCGAUCUGACCAGAGGUCUAUGGCGUCUCUGCCUUUGCACCGCAGACACCACAGCUUCUCACAGCACAGCCUCCAGCAUUACACCUGUACAUAUCUCAGUUUAGAAUGAGGAAGAUUGCGGUGAUAAAAAUCAGUCUGCCUUUCCUCUUGUUCAAUGACUGCCAUCCCAUUUGCUGAUCACCAACCUUGCUUUGUUAUAGACAUAGAGGAGUACUAGGUAGCAGAAUAGUUACGCAUAGGAAGGAGAGAAACGUUUUGGGGGUGGUGGUGAAUUCUGACUGAUAAUACGUAAGGGUUGAGUUGUGACCUGUGCUUGAUGACAGGAGGUCCCUUCAUCAGACAAGAACAGGAAAUAGUAUAACAGGAAGUAGUAGGUAAGAUGCAGUAUCAUGGAAAACCAUGCAGUGUUUGAUUUUGGACAGAUGCCCCAGUGUUGCUGUACAGUAGUAAUAAUCAUUGAUUUUGGACAGAUGCCCCAGUGUUGCUAUACAGUAGUAAUAAUCAUUGACUUUGGACAGAUGCCCCAGUGUUGCUGUACAGUAGUAAUAAUCAUUGAUUUUGCCAGUGGAGUUAUUUUCCUGCCUUUUUAUUGUGAUUUUCUCUUCAGCCUCUGUUACUUGCCAUUUGGCCAGUGUGCCUGCCCUUUGUAUCAUUAUGCCUCACCAGCUAUAUCCGAUUGCGUAUCAGUGCACAUGUUUUAUUUAAAUAGUAGUAAGUUAAGUAAUCAUUAGAUAGUGCUGUGUAUAUUUUCUAAAUGACUAUAUAUGGUCUAAAACACCUCCCUUACAUGUGAAUCCAAGGGACCAACUCAGUGCGGUGACAGACAAGCAGAGUUGGAGAUGGAUUAAUGAGGCUUGAAGCUCCUUUGACAUCCUUGUUAAUGUAACCCUCUUGGACCAUGUUGUGUACAUUUUUCUUCUUUGUUUCCAGAUUUCUAUCCCAAUAAAGAUAAUUGAUUUUA